GACCGUCAGCAUUGGUAAGCCUCAGCGGAGGUCCACAGCCCUCGGUCUGGGAUUGCUGCGCGUAUUGAACCAGAUGAGACGCUCGGGACGUGCGUCUACCUGCGUACGUUGAACCUUUGCCUGUGGAUCUUGCUGCCACUUAAAGACGCAUCCGCGCACUUGUGUUUCGCGGUGGGUGCUUUUGGAGCGAGUUGCUGUGUAAGAAACAGCACGCCCGAGGGAGGGGGAAGACUCAUCACUGAACUUUAAAGACGACUUUGCAACUUUGGCAACAUCUAGCAGUGCGCAUCGCUGUGAGUUCAUGUGGCUUAUCAUUUGACAGAAGCGGACCAUUUCUCUGGGAAACUCACCUAAGGCUUUUGAAACAUGUUCAGCAAGUGUUCCGUUGUGUUAUUGAGCGUCCUCUUUCUGGUGCGGGCGCUCUCGGCUCACGAGUGCACGCCGUGUAACCUCCGGACUUGCCCCGUUAAAGCCCCGCACGGCUGCGAGGGUGGCCGGACCAUGGCGAGGGAUCCGUGCGGAUGCUGUGACCAGUGCACCCGGCUGGAGUGGGAGCCCUGCGGCGGACAAGACUGGACGCACGGCUACUGCGCCUUGGGGCUGACCUGCGCCUCUGUCAACAAAACCGGAGCUGCCACAAUCCCUGAAAUUGGAGUAUGUAAAGUUCUCCCUGACCAUCCAGAGGCAGGCCUUGAGGAUGAGCGCUGUCCCCUGAUGACAGGUUGCGACAGAGCUGGAGGACAGUGUGUGUGUGAUGCCCGUCACUCCUGCUUGGGCUCUUUCACGUACCCAGACCAAGAAACUUGCAUGAAGGCCAGCAAGACAGAGGGUCGGCGGCACGAGCACCGGGAAAGGCACAGAGAGAAGUAUGUGGGACCAUCCAACCCGGCCUGCAUGUUCUCUGGUUGUAACCUGACCGCUGACGGCUGUGUGUGUGAGUCUCAGAGCUGCCACCACCACUUCGCCUACAUCAACCGCAGCCAGUGCCAGGAAGCCGCAGAGGAGCUGAGGUGUGCCGGAGUGACCUGUCCUGCUCUGCAGGUGCCCUCCUGCCCCCACGGUUCAGUCCUGACAAAGAGUUACACGCCCCCUGCUGGUUGCUGUCCCUCCAUACCUCCCCAGUGCACUUGCGACCUCCGUGCUUGCCACAAGCCUCAGUGCCCAAGCGGACAGCGAGCCGUGCCCCUCAGCCAGGCCAGCGGUCAGCCAGGAGACUGCUGUGAUGUCUUUGAGUGCCAGAAAGUCUCUCCCAAGUGUGUCCACAAUGGGAAGGAGUUCUCCGAGGGAGAGGUGUACCGCAUGGACCCCUGCUGGCUGUGUCAGUGCCGAGGAGGAAUCUCCUUCUGCUCCAAGGCAGAGUGCGCUGAGCUAGACUGUGAAAACUUCUACAUUCCUGAGGGCGAGUGUUGCCCCGUCUGCAUAGAUGUGGAGUUACUGUCUAUGGACAGCACUAAGGCCAGUUGCUGGGUGAAUAAUAAGCUGCGAGCUCACGAGGAGCAGUGGAAAGAGGACGACUGCACCUUCUGCCAGUGCGUGGAUGGAGAACCUCACUGCACGGCCAUGGCCUGCAAACAGAGCUGCCAAAACCCCGUUAAGAUCCCUGGAGAGUGCUGCCCUUUCUGUGAAGAGCCUUCCUACGAAACUGUUAGCCCCAUGCUAUGUCCUCCUCUGGAAAACUGCUCCCUGUCAGGGAAUGACUGCCCCUAUGGCUUCCAGCAAGACAAAAAUGGAUGUCUUCUCUGCCAGUGCUUGAACAAUGACUCCUGCCCUGAACUGGGAAAAUACUGUUCCCUGCAAUGCCCAAUGGGAUACGAGAGGGAUGAUUUUGGCUGUGAGGUGUGUGAGUGCAGCAUCCCCAUGCCCAAGUGCCGACCUCUGACCUGCACUAAGACCUGCCCCUAUGGAUAUGUGAGGAACAAGCACGGCUGUGAGAUGUGCCGCUGUGUCAAGUGUCCCCCCUUCACCUGUGACAAACACUGCAGCGAUGGCUAUCGACAGAACCGCAAGGGCUGCUCCAUCUGCAUGUGCAAAGAAAGUGGCCAUGUCCCAAGCACCACUGCUCUGGCCCCAGUCCCCAACUAUUGCCUUACCUCCAACGGGCAGCGAUACGAGGAAGGUGAUGGCUGGCAUGACGGCUGUCGUGACUGCUACUGCCAUUCUGGACGGGAGAUGUGUGUUCUCAUUUCCUGCCCGGUACCCAGCUGUUCUCAUCCAGUCGUAAGGCCGGACCAGUGUUGUCCCACGUGUGAGGAUGAGUCAGGCAGCGGUCAGCCAGAAGGGAUGGACAUGGUGGUGUGCAGGGCACCUGGAGGGGAAUUUUACGUGGAGGGGGAGACCUGGAACCUGGACGAGUGCACACGCUGCACCUGCAGGAAGGGACGUGUCCUGUGCGACACCGAAGUCUGUCCUCCUGCUCUCUGCCAGACACCGAUAAGGAACAAGGACACCUGUUGCCACGUGUGCCCAGAGGAGACACUGAGCCCCUUGCUGCCAGUGAACAACAGCCAGCAGGAGUACUGCAUAACCAGCGAUGGAGACGUGCUGCUGGCUGGAGACUCCUGGAGGGCGAACGCCUGCACCAGCUGCACCUGCAACAACGGCACCAUUCAGUGUUUCUCUCAGCGCUGUCCGGCUGCCAACUGCAGGGUGCCCGUCUUACGCAAGGGCCAGUGCUGCCCACACUGUCUCGAAAUUACAACGUCCGUGCCGGUGAUAGUGUCUACCAGUGCCCCCAAGACAACAGUUGCAACAACUGCUACGGUGGAGAGUACGGUGUGGAUCACCACUGUCACUGUACCGCCCAUCAUCGCUGAGACAGACGAGCCAGGUUUGGGUGAGAAUUACCCCAGCCAAACAGAGAUGGCCCUCAUCUACCAAUCAGCUGCCUGGAUCCUGGCAGGUCUCCUCUUGGCCAUCAUCAUCUUCCUUAUUGUGGCAUUACUCAUCAACAAGAAAAAGAAAUGGGUGCAGAUGUCCUGCUACAGUGCACCAAAGAAGACGGUCAUCCUAAAGAAGCAUGUAAACAAGAACUCUGUGGUCUACAUGGAGCCCUCCAAGGAGAACAAAUUUCAGAAUGUGAAGAACGACUGCGGCAUCAUCCACUUCUCUCCAGAAAUGAGCUCCCCCUGUGUGGACAAGAUGACCAUCCCCAGGGCCAAGCUGAGCCUGGGCAACGACUGGACGUCGCGCUAACAAAAACAAACAAAUAAAUAAACCACACCACUCAGACUAUACAGAUCAGAGCUGUCCGGCACCUCCCGCUCUCUCUUACUGCUGUAUCCAAGGUGAUUAUUGUAACUGUGCACACCUCAGGCACCACCACGCUCCCACCAUUUUCUCUGUGUGACAGUCAAACCGAGGAUGCUCUACAAGAGACAAACUGAGUGACCUCUGUUUCUUUUAUCACCAUGUCCAUGUUCUUCUGUGUUUGGACCUUUGGGCGGAGUGAGACGCUGGGAGGUGGAUGGACGGGUGAACAUGCUAAAGGACCCAGCCACUCUGGGCUCUGCUUUAAAACAGAGAAGGGGGCAGCCAGAGGGGCUCCAGUGUCAGAAUCAAACUUUGACUGUGAACAUUGUAAUAUUACUUUUUAUUUUUGCCUCCUUGGAAACUGGAACUUUGAGGCAGUGAGAGGAGCAUAUAAAGCUUUAGGACAGGGGUUUGGGCUGUAAUUGAACGAGGACAGAGAAGAUGCUGCCCCCCACCCCCACCCCCACCCCCACCCCCCCGAGUCCAGCAGUGCUUCAUGGAUGUAAUCAUUAUCAUCAGCAGGGGGGCCAAAGGAACUGAUCAUCUGUUUGGAUCAAAUUGAGUUCAGCAGCCAAAUCAAGUCAGUGGGCUUAAUAUAGACCCCCAGAUCCAGACCCCUGCUGUAGAAUGUGUGGUUUCCAUCUUAGUUUUUGUAUAUUUCUACAGUAUUUGUACUAGUUGUAGUGUUGUUCUUGGCCACCUCUUGUUUUAUUUUUUUUACAUGGGUGCCUCCGUGGGGCCAGAUUGAAACAUUUUGAAAAUGCCCGUCUAAACAUCCCCCCCCCAUUGAGUUCAGGAAGGGCACGCUUCUCAUAUAAUAGCCUUGUUUCUACCUUCAAAUGACCCAAGUCAUUCCAUUCAGAAAACCCACGACAACAAACCACAAUUGUAGGAAAGGAAAUAUGCGAAUUUGCUCUCUAAACUGCUGCGAAAUACAGUAGCCAGUAAUCUUCAGCUUUCCGCUCAGCCUCAUCUGAACCAGACUCUUCUGGGAGGAAUCAGCCCGUCAGUUGGACUUCAUCAUCUCAAAAAUCGUAGUUGAGUUGAAGGUGAGGUGGAGCUGAGGAAGAAUGUCAUUUUACUGACUGCAGAGGAGACAAAAUGGUGCCAGAUGCUUCAUCUGUGAGGAACGGCUUUGACACCAUGUCUCACUUCACAACUUCAUUCACAGCUCUGCGCGUGUGUGAGUGAGUGCGUGGAGCUACUGUUCACACCGAAUGUUAUUGAUGGUUAGUAAUAAUUCUUUUUAAAGCCUUAAUUCUAUAGCCUUAAUUCAUUUUCUUUGUUGAUAUCUUGUUUUCAUUUAAUAACUGUGUUAGCCCAUUAUCAAGAAAUCAGAAAACAGUAAUUUAUUCACCCAUUAUAAAGAUGAACAGGUUGUGUUGUACAGUGUCACUGAUGGUUCUCAUCAGCUCUUCAUAUACUGGUGAAUUAUAUAAUGUGGGGACAUAAGAGUUUAAGGGUAGCUUGUAUGUAACUGUACAUCGUGGUACACGUUACAACAUCAGAGCACGUUAAAGAGACGUAGCACUUUUCUUUGGAGCUGGGUUUUUUUUUUUAAGAAAGCCCACUGCAGGAUUCUUAGGGGGAUAAAGGCCCUAAUCAGGGAUUUGAUAGGGAUAUUAAGCAUACCACUUAAACCACUCAAGUGAACACGCUGUUGCAGCUAGAGGCUCCACACCAAUCUGAUCAGUACGAGGGGAGAGGAUGGAAUCUGAGAAGCAUUACGAAACAGACUGAGGUUUCAUAGGAAAAAGGUUUUUGGAUCAGAGUUCUCCAUCCAUUGCCAAUUUCUCAAUACAAAGACCAUUCUGAUGCCAAAACUGGUUGGAGACCAAUUAAUAUUGAAGUGUUUUAGUAACGGUAGAUUUGUGUCUGUUUGAAUCAUGACCAUGUGCUUUAAAAUGAAGAGGUUUCUGUAAAAGCUUACACAAUUCUUUGUUCUUCUAUGUGUAAAAAAAAAAAAAAAAGUAGUUUAAAUUAGUAGGACAGAAGAGUACCUUAUUUAUUUUUUCACAUAGCUUUAUUUAUUAAUACUAAACUAUAGUUUGAGAUUUUUUUUUUUCCUUUUUGAAAAAUGAACAUUUGGUAGCCAAAGCUGCUGUACAUUGUAGACCAUUUACCAUUUCUAUCUGCCAUAUUCUAUACAACCUUAUUUAUUUCACUGUUGCAGACCCUGUAAAUAUGUUUCCUAGAUGAUGAACUGUAACAUUUACACUUAUUUUGAAAAAUAAAUGUGUGAAACAAA